UUCCUCUGUUGCUGUCGUCUUACAGCUCAUUACUCCCCUUAGAAUAAUAGUUCCCCAAAGUUUGCUGUUUUCUACGUCUGUAUUAGAGCAUUUGAGCGUCGAAAAGCCACAAUGGCAUUUAAAGUGACUGUCAACAGUGCCUGGAGGGCAACAAGGACGCUGUGGCUGCUCAUGCUAGUGAGCCUCUCUGUGUGCAUCUGUGUUUGCCGAGCAGCAUCACCCCAGGAGGAGGACAGUGCCAUGGAGAACAUCGUUACGGAGAAAAAGGCUGAGGAGAGCCACAGGCAGGACAGCGCAGACCUGCUCAUAUUCAUCACGCUGCUCACCCUCACCAUCCUGACUAUCUGGUCGUUCAAACACCGGCGGUUUAGGUUCCUGCACGAAACUGGACUGGCGAUGAUUUAUGGCUUACUUGUUGGCGUAGUCUUGCGUUAUGGCAUCCACGUUCCUCGGGACAUAAGCAACGUCACGCUGAGUUGCCACGUCAAUGCCAGCCCCGCCACACUGCUUGUCAACGUCAGCGGUAAAUUCUAUGAGUACACGCUGAAAGGAGAGAUCAGUGCAAACGAGGUGAACGACGUGCAAGAUAAUGAGAUGCUGCGAAAGGUGACAUUUGAUCCCGAGGUUUUCUUCAACAUUCUCCUUCCACCGAUCAUCUUCCAUGCUGGCUACAGCCUGAAAAGGAGACACUUUUUCCGUAACAUGGGAUCCAUCCUGGCGUAUGCCUUUCUGGGAACAGUUAUUUCCUGUUUUGUUAUUGGGUUGCUGAUGUACGGCUGUGUGAUGCUAAUGAAGCAGGUGAAGCAGCUGGAUGGAGACUUCUUCUUCACCGACUGUCUCUUCUUUGGAGCCAUCGUCUCUGCCACAGACCCGGUGACAGUCCUGGCGAUCUUCAAUGAGCUGCAGGUAGACGUGGAUUUAUACGCUCUGCUGUUUGGAGAGAGCGUGCUCAACGAUGCAGUGGCCGUCGUUCUGUCCUCGUCAAUAGUAGCGUACCAGCCUGAAGGAGACAACAGUCACACGUUCGAGGUCAUGGCCAUGCUCAAGUCUUUUGGGAUUUUCCUCGGAGUCUUCAGCGGCUCCUUUGCUCUGGGAGUUGCCACCGGCGUCGUCACUGCUCUCGUGACUAAGUUCACUAAGCUGAGAGAUUUCCAGCUGUUGGAGACGGCUCUGUUCUUCCUCAUGUCAUGGAGCACAUUCCUGCUGGCUGAGGCCUGUGGCUUCACAGGUGUGGUCGCCGUGCUGUUCUGUGGUAUCACUCAGGCUCACUACACAUUCAACAACCUGUCUCCUGAGUCCCAGGACAGGACCAAACAGCUGUUCGAGCUACUGAAUUUCCUGGCAGAGAACUUCAUUUUCUCCUACAUGGGUCUGACCCUGUUCACCUUCCAGAACCACGUCUUCAAUCCCAUGUUCAUCGUUGGAGCUUUUCUGGCCGUGUUUCUAGGGAGAGCUGCAAACAUUUACCCUCUUUCAUUCCUUCUUAAUCUGGGACGACGCAACAAGAUCCGGUCCAACUUCCAGCACAUGAUGAUGUUUGCAGGGCUGCGAGGAGCGAUGACCUUUGCCCUAUCAAUCAGGGACACAGCGACGUACGCCCGUCAGAUGAUGUUUUCCACCACUCUGCUUGUGGUCUUCUUCACUGUUUGGAUCUGUGGAGGUGGUACCACCCAGAUGCUGUCUUGCCAGCGUAUACGAGUGGGGGUGGACUCUGAUCAGGACAACUCUAUCAGUAUCAGUGAUGGCUCAGAGAGAAGAAGCACCAAGCAAGAAAGUGCCUGGCUGUUCAGGAUUUGGUACAACUUUGACCACAACUACUUGAAGCCCAUCCUGACUCACAGCGGCCCCCCUCUCACAGCCACGCUACCUCCCUGCUGUGGCCCCCUCGCCCGCUUCCUCACCAGCCCUCAGGCCUAUGAGAACGAGUGCCAGCUGAACGACGACGACUCUGAACUCAUCCUGACAGAUGGGGACAUCAACCUCACCUACGGCGACAUCACCGUCAGCACGGACGCCACAGGCGCCCACACAAGCGGCAGCUCGGCCUUCGCUGGUGCCACCAGCUCUGAUGACUUGGACAGAGAGUUAGCGUACGGAGAUCACGAGCUGGUAAUGAGGGGCACACGCCUGGUGCUGCCCAUGGACGACUCAGAGCCCCCCUUUACGGACCCCCACCAACGCUUCCGGAUGUGAAGACAGCCUCCGCAUCAACGCAGACAACCGUCCGAUUCAGUCUCGCCCGAGCCAUCAACAAAGAGACCAGUACCUGACACUCCUGUCAUUUCUUUGCUCUUGCACCUUGCCUCAUUCUUUUGCUCUUUCCCUCUCCUCGCUGUUACAUUCACUCACUCCCUUUAGUGGCAAAUCACUGUCUCUACCUCAUUCUCGUUCUGCUCGUUUCCACACCUUUUUUGGCUCUGCCAUUACUGUAAAAUAAUCUUAUUUAUUUGCAGGAUUUCUCAGUUACAGAUGUAAAGUCAGCUUCUCUUAGUUUGGCUUAAAGUCGUGUGUCGGUUACCUUACUGUAGCAUUGCACAGAGGUCCAGCAGCAUGUGUUAGUGUGUAAAUGCAACUACCAACCAAUAGCUACUUUGUCUAUGUACAGUAUAUAACCAGAGUACUAUAACUUUGAUAUGCAUGCUGAGGAUGCUUGUCGUUUUCUUUGUAUGGGAGAUUGAGGGCUUUUGUGUUUUGGGUCUGACCUUGAAUGUUGCUGCCUUCUCUCUGUGCACCAGAGGCAUGCUGACCCAGUGGAUAACUUUACUGUACAUUUUGUUACAAUCAAGUGCCUGGGAAUUGUAGUUUUAAGCCUGGAAGCCCAUGCUGGCUCAGCUCUGGGAUGGGCGGUCAUGCAGUUGUAGUUUUCCUUUGUAAAAAAGAAAAAAAAAAAAAAAAAGCAAACCAACACCUCUGUCCAUAAGGUAGCAAUAUCCUGGGUGGGUGUUUGGGGCUGUCAGUUUGUGCUACUCGCCUGUAAAUAGUGUUUAGUGUGAUGCCAUUGAUGCAGUGUCACCUGGCAGUGAAAGUUGUGGAUCUCUCCCAAUGACCUUUGACUGUGACUUAGAGAGGGACUUUACACCUUAUUUUAGAAGUCGAUGUCGCUCACAGCAGAACGAAGGGCUCUUGUUGUGAAAAAAAAAGUAUAAACAUUGAAAGCUUUGUGCCAUUUCAGUCUUGCAUUUCCACAUUUUGUGAGAGAUUAAUGCAGACGGUCUUUAAGUGUUUGUUUUGGUGGAGAGCUUAAGCACUUUAAGCUGAAUCAUGUCUGUCAUGCACAUUUAGCUGUGUGCAGGUAUUUUCUAUUACAAUCAUUCAAGACUUUUUAUUCAAUCUCUCAUUUACAAUCCUGAUAAACUCAUUUGAAAAGAUGGAUUUGACUCUAGGAUCUCUGUACUCUGUUAAGCAAAAAUACCUUUGAGAGCAUUAUUUUGGCAAACAAUAAUAAUAAUUAUUUUGUAUUAGAAUUGUCUCAACAACACCAGAAUUUUAAACUUCAGUAAGAUACUAGUAAAAAAUCAAACAAUAUCACCACCUGUUUUGAUAUCACAGCAACAAAAAAGAAGUCUAGACACCCAGCAGUGGCUAUAUUUUUUGUUUAAUUGCCAAAAUUGCCAGCAGAAACCUUCACACUGUCUAACUUGGUAUAAAACGUAUAACAGAAAUGGUUUACUUAAUACACUUACUCUGUAAAUGAUUUUUAACAAUUGUUAGAGAGUCAUUUUUAAAUAUCUUAAUUAGGGCUGUCAAGAUAAAUCGCAUUAAUCACAAUUAAUCAAGGUUUAUAAUAAAAGCACUAAGUCUUUUUGUAAUCGCGAUUAAUCUCAUGCUUUAUUGGGCCUUUUAGCUCACUUUGGUUAAUCCAUAUCAGUGACUUUCUGCAGCGACAUGGAUGUAAAAUAAGUCAUCAGGACUUGUAUUUCCUUAGCUAUCCAUAACAAGUUUCUUUUUCUGUGGUUAAGUUUAUGUUAAAAUCUUCGAUCUCCCUGUAAAAGCUGGUCUGUAUCCAAACAGGGAGUCAGUUACCCUUAGGUAAGGACAGCAGAAAAUCCAAAAUGAUCACAAAAAAAAAAGUUGCG